CUCUCUCCCUGUCUCUCUCUGUCACUCUCCCUGUCUCUCUCUGUUGUUCUCUCUCUCUCUCUCUCCCCGUCGCUCUCUGUCUCUCUCUGUCUCUCCCUGUCUCUUUCUCUCUUUCUGUCUCUCUCUCUCUCCCUGUCUUGCUCUGUCACUCUCUCUCUUUCUCUCUCUGUCGUUCUCUCUCUCUCUUUCUCUCUCCCUCCCCUCGUCUCUCUCCUUCCCUCUCUCCUCCCUUCUUCAGAGUAAUGGUAACCACCAAGUGGAAAGUUACAUCAGGAAGAAGCUGGACUCUCUGUUGAAGGAGUCUCAGAUUGGAGACAAGGAGGACACAGACAGCUCCAGCAUCAGAGCUCUGCUCAGAGCCACACACGUGGGCCUGCAGAAGAACCUACCGAAUCCCAAAGAGGGACUUAAAAAAUCCCAAAGUCGAUCAUUCAUCAGCAACAUCAAACAAAAGAGACACUCUAAAUCCAGGCUGAAGUCCCAGAGUACGGAUGGAGAGGAGGAAGGACAGGAGACCUCUGGGAGAGAGGCGGGAGGACAGAUCACCAGGGGAGGGAGGAAGAGGAAGACGAUGAAGCUGAGUAGAGAUCUGUCAGACCUGGUUGUUUUCACUAACUCUGUGGCCUCUCAGGAGGGACUGGACGACAGUACUCCGGGGAAUGUUCUGUCGUUCAGUGAGACUCGUGCCCAGCAGCUAGUGAACCACAGAGCUGAGCGCUUCCUGUGUGUCAACCAGCGACAGCUGUCUAGAAUCUACCCGUCAGCCUACCGUAUAGACUCGUCCAACUUCAACCCUCAGCUCUACUGGAACGUGGGCUGUCAGCUGGUGGCUCUGAACUACCAGACGGAGGGAAGGAUGAUGCAGCUGAACAGAGCCAAGUUCAUGGUGAACGGUGGCUGUGGUUACGUCCUCAAACCUCCACCCAUGUGUAAAGGCUCGUUCAACCCGUUCAGUGACGACCCCCUCCCUGCCUACCCCAAGAAACAGCUGGUGCUGAAGAUCAUCAGUGGACAGCAGCUUCCCAAACCACCAGACUCUAUGCUGGGGGACCGAGGAGAGAUCAUUGACCCGUUUGUAGAGGUGGAGAUCAUCGGCCUGCCAGUGGACUGCUGCAAGGAGCAGACUCGAGUAGUGGACGACAAUGGUUUUAACCCCGUGUGGGAAGAGAACCUGUCCUUUACCCUCCACAUGGCGGAAGUGGCUCUGGUGCGUUUCCUCGUCUGGGACCACGACCCCAUCGGGCGGGACUUUGUGGGCCAGAGGACAGUCGCCUUCAGCAGCCUGAUGCCAGGUUAUAGACAUGUGUACUUGGAGGGGUUGACUGAGGCGUCAAUCUUUAUCCACGUAUCAGUUCAUGACAUCUAUGGGAAGUGGAGUCCACUAGUCCUGAACCCCAGCUUUACCAUAAUGCACUUUCUAGGAGCCAGCAAGGGUCGUCAGCUGCGAGGCAUCAGAGGCUUGUUCAACAGGUCCUCUAAGUCGUCAGUAGACACCAGCUGUGGUUCGGCCCUCAGGAAACGCUCCGUCAGUGACCACCUCCUCCGACGCACCGCCAGCGCCCCUGCCAACCGACGCAAGAAAACCAAGAUGAAGCUCGCUGAGUCCUCCACCUCCAUAUCGGACCGCAAGGCCUCCAUAUCAGACAGCAAGGACAGAGUGUGGGCCGGGGCAGGGGCUGGGGGGGAGGGGUCCCGGAACAGGGAAAGGGACAUGGAGGGGGUAAUGGUGGAAAGAUGCCCAACACCCCUCACCCACAGGCCCAUCUCCAUGCCCCUGGAGAGACUACUGCAGGGACAGCUCUCCCUCUGCUCCCCCAACCAGGAGCAGACUGACCUGGGUGCAGACACACUCAUCGGAACCUCCCCCUUUAACCAGCCCAGGUCCCACUCUGUGGAACUCAUCGUCGAAUCCUUCGCCUCACUUGAGCACAAAGUGUCCACCCCUUCCACCAAUCACAACAACGCACAGGAUAACACCACAGAGUCUGACCAAUCCGAUGAGACCUACCUGGUCAUUGGCCGAGGAGGAGGAACUGUAGAAGAUGACUCCAAAGACCAAUCACAGGACAGAGUCAACCCACCCAGUAAAGCUGAGGAUGUUUCUUCUCGCCAAAGGACGUUGUGUCACCUCAGCAGCUCAACAGAGACAGAGAGCAACUGUUUACACAUACCUACUGAGAGCAGACCAGAGACAACAUUACUUAGUACAACAAACACACCAGCUACUUCCUCAUCUCCUUCAUCCUCUUCCCCUGAGCCCCCCAUCUCCCUACUGAAUGUGGACCUGUCCGAUCUGCAGAGCCCCGUCCCCCUACAGGACAGCAUCAUCUCACAACUCAUUGACACCGUAUCCCUUGGCAACGACACCACCUACGGGUCUAUUUCCGCUCUGAUUGGUCAGUUUGACAUCACCGGCGACCAGAAUGAUUUCACAAUGAACUCUGACCCCCACGCCCUCAGUGUCAUGUCCUGUCUGUCCCAUCAUGCUGUCUGGGACUCCAGCACACCCUAUAAGGUCACCAUAGACUAUGCCACCCGAUAUAAUGACCCACAGACCACCACCUCCCCCCGCAAGGCAAUGAACGGACCUAUCACUCCUCGAAAGGCAAGCCAGACCCCUAACCACGCGAACCAGAACCUACUCCCACCCCACCCCAAGACCUCCCACACAGACCCCUCUGCCCCCCUUCUCUUCUCCAGUCCUGAGACCACGGAGCUGGAGGAGGUCUAUACCAUCCUGGAUGAGGAGGUCUUGUCUCCAGUCUCUGUCUACAACCUGAGGAAGCAGACCAUCGGCAACAUCCAGGCUGACUCUGAGGAGAGCACACCCAUGGGAAGCCUGGAGCCUUCCCCAGCCAAGGUGCCGCCUCUCCUGGGGGUAGAAGGCAAUGGCAGCUGGGUGGGCUCAUGGAGGGGUGUGGUGGAGGAGACAGGAGAGGGUUACGGGGGUGACUGUGAUCCUAAAGGGUUGGGGUCAGUGGGAGAGUGGGGGUUGUCGUGGGGUUACGGGUUCCCGUCCAACAACAGCACAGUAUCUGACCAAUUCCUGUUGUGCCAUGACACGGAAGGAAGUAGUCUGAUGGAGGUGGAAAUUAACGUGGACGAGGAUCCACUGGAGACGACCCUGACAUUACCGAGACACAACCAUACCUGGGGCGCUACCAGCCCAACCAAAUGCUACACUGCUCCCCAAAGCCAGCUUACCCAACUAUACCCCUAUCCCCGGCAUGCACCCCAACUCCAGCUCUCCCAGUGUCCUUCACCCCUCAAACAGCCAUCAGACCAGCCCUCCCCUCGCCAAGCCCCAUCAAUAACCCCUCAAACUCAGCCCUCCCCGUGCAAAGGGCCCCCCCUCCCCAGCCCCCUCCUCCUGAACAGCCACUCCUCCACCCAUUGCAAACACAUUACCAGAGCCUUCACCCAGCAGCACAGUUACAGUGGUCCCACCCAGUCCCAGACCAGGGGCUACCAGGGUGGGACAGGGGAAGGACAUGGUCAGGGAGAAGCGUCAGCCUGCUUCCAGAAUGUGUUCUCCUCCUCAGGGUGUCUGUCUGUUGUGUCUGGUCCAAGGUCUGUUAGCCUCCCCAGAGACAGAGGCCUGUACUCCCUCAGCUCAGACUGUAGUGUGGACUACAGCCAGCAAGACUACGACUGCUUCAGACCCUCCACUGCCUCGGCCUCCCAUUACACCCAGCCCCAACCCCAGCCCCAAUCACACACCCAGCCCCUUCCCCAGGCCCAACCCCAACCCAAAUCGGACACCCAGCCCCAACCCCAGCCCCAAUCACACACCCAGCCCCUUCCCCAGGCCCAACCCCAACCCAAAUCAGACACCCAGCUCCAACCCCAACCCCAAUCAUAUACCCAGCUCCAACGCCUGACCCAAGCCCAACCCCAAUCAGACACCCAGCCCAAGCCACAAACCCAGCUCCAACCCCAAUCUGGUCGCCCAUCACUGCCCCUUUUGGGCUCCACCCUCACCCCUCCUCUACCUAUCCUCAGACCAUCCACAGCCCCCAGCCCCUGCAAGUCCAAGUCUCUGGGUGACCUGACAUCAGAGGACAUCUCCUGCAACUUCCACAGCAAGUACAACAUUAUCAGCCGCAGCUUUAUCACCCCCUGUAUGAAGGAGCGGAGGAGGAUGAGGGGCCUGGGGGGUCUGUCUCAACGGCUGCAGUCUGCAGACCCCCUCACUGAGCAGUUACGCAAACUAGUCACCCUAGAGGGGGAUGACAGAGACCGGGACAGACCCCAGUCUCCCCAGCUUACCCAGUUACCUCAGUUACAGAUACCUCCCAAACCUUUCAUACCCCCAUCAGGCUCCUGCCGCUCCUCAAACUUUGUCCCUGACUCCCAGGAGGACUCCCCGCCCCUCCUCCAGCGCCGUCUCUCCUCUCGGAGCCAGAGCCGUGUGCGUCACAUCAACAAUCGCGCUCGAGAGAGGCAGCGGGAGGCUCUGAAGUCCCGGGACAUGAGCGCCCCCUCCAGCGUGGGAGGGGUAGUGCUGCGUGCUAAAGUAGCAGCAGGUCAGAACCCCCCAGCUAACAGACACUCCACAGGCUCCUACAUAGCGGGCUACCUGGACCAGCUGGAGGACAGGGGGCUGCCUGAGGGGGGGUGCACCACACUGGGGUAUGGAUUUGGAGAUCACUAUGGUGAUCAUUAUCAUGAUGACUCUUUGCUGCCCACAGACUUCUGUAUACAAUCAGAACCGGAGGUCUACUUCCUGCUCAGACUCUGAACCCACUUCCUGGUUAUCACCUACAUAGAAUGAUGUAUAAUGUACUUCCAAAAUGCAGCAAAUCAGCUUCCUGCUUAGGACAGAGGAAAAAAACAUAUAUCCUGGUUGGGCUGUCCAAUAAUACUUUCAGAUAUAAAGUCAACUACCUGAUUGGGUCUGACAGUCUUGACUGUAAAUGUAAAUGUUUUUUGUUCUUCUUCAUGUCCUGAUCAGAAUGUUCUUUAAAUGUAGUUUGGAACAGACUGUUAUUAAACUACUUCUUACUUUGAUUGUACCCAUUUCCUGUCCUGUCUGUUCCUGUAAUUCUACUUCCUAUUCAAGCUAACGCCAUCUACUAUAAAGCAGAAAAUAAGGGAACUUUACAAAUGUGUUUAACUCUGAAGGGAAGUGUUGUCUUGGUCUUUGUACAUUUUAAAUGUGUAUUAGUAUUAUCAGAGGCCCACAGACAUCAAUGCAAUGUCUAUUCCACGUUAGUUCAACAUUGAAAUAACGUGGAGACAAUGUUGAUUCAACCAGUGUGUGCCCAGUGGGGGACGGACAACUUUUAGGUGAUGGGAUCUGUUUCAUCAAAGAUCUUCCUCAAGUGUUCCUUCUCCUCUGACUGUCCUCUGUGUGCUGGUGUUGUUGGUACUUAUUCUACUGUAGAUUCGUUUUUAAUUUAAGGUGUUGUCAUUUAGUUGUGCUGUUUUCUGCAUGUUAAAUGUCCAGCAUGACUAUGCAUCGAUCUGUAGACAUCACAGUGUACUACUAUCUUUUCACAGAAUAAGUAAUAGUGGGAUUGGAUGAAAUACUCUGACUUCUUGCUUUCUAAGCUCUUAAACAUGAUCACAUAUUUUUAACUUUUUUGAGUUUAAAUGCUUGAAUUGUUUUUACAGUUAAUUUCAUACAGGCUGCAAAAAAAAGGGGGGAAAUUGGGGGCUGGUUAUUAAAAAAAUGAGAAAUGUUUACAAGAACUGAAACACACAGUGGAAUAGGUAGAUAAGGGUUUUUCGACUGGCCCAAGUUGCAUGUUUUUAUUCUUCUUUUCAGUGUUAAACGCAUCCUUUUUUCUUUGUAUGGUCACAUGGAACAUUACUGUGAGCAUUUUCCUACUGAUGUAAUAAAAUUCAUAAAACAUUUGACUUGAA